AAACUAGCAAUGAGUAAUUUCUUUGCGAAGUUCAUUGUGGUGACGUCAUUUUUCUCCCACUGACAUUUGGUCAAUUAUUAGAGGUUGUCAGCAGAGUAAAUAAUACGCAUAGGGUAAUAAAGUCUCCAUUAAGUUCUGGCGAAACUUUCUAAUCUCAACUAGCAGUCCUUCAUUUCUAUUUUGUUGUGCAUAAUCAGCUGGCAAUUUACAGCAGCUACAAGGGUCAACAUUCCAUCAUACAUACCAUUAUUCUUUGGAGGUUAUUUGUGAAUCAAUCACAACGGGGGCCGAACAAUCAGCUAUGUCCGUCUCUCAGAUGGAAAAGAAUUUAUUUAAUCUCAAGUUCGCAGUGAAGGAUUUGGAAAGAAAUUCUAAAAAAUGCGAAAAAGAAGAAAAGAUGGAGAAGGCCAAGGUCAAAAAGGCUAUUCAGAAAGGUAACAUGGAAGGAGCCCGAAUCCAUGCUGAAAAUGCCAUUAGACAAAAAAAUCAAGCCUUGAAUUAUCUUAGAAUGAGUGCUCGAGUUGACGCAGUCGCAAGCAGAGUACAAACUGCCCUGACAACAAGAAAAGUUACACAAUCAAUGGCUGGUGUAGUUAAGGCGAUGGACGCCGCUAUGAAGUCGAUGAAUCUUGAGAAAAUUUCAGGCCUAAUGGACAAAUUUGAGAGCCAGUUUGAAGAUCUGGAUGUUCAGAGCUCCUACAUGGAGAAUGCCAUGUCACAGACAACAACUACCAAUGUACCACAAAAUGACGUCGACUCUUUGAUGCAGCAAGUUGCCGACGAAGCGGGUCUUGAAUUGAACAUGGAACUACCUUCCGGACAGUUGGGUUCCAUUGGUACUUCGACAGCAGUGAGCCAAGAGCAAGAUGAGCUGACCCAACGACUCGCUCGGCUUCGAGAGUAACUAUCUGAUGUACAUAAAUUCCAAUUUUAAUGCUAUCCAACAAUAUUGAUAACUAUUGAGGCAAAUUGUUAUCAUCAAUCGGUUGCACCUAUUAGCUUGAGUAUGAUGCAGUCCAACUUUGCAUUGAAUGAUUCUCUCAAAAAAAAAAAAGCCGGUCGAAGAACGGAUCUUUGACGGCAAGCAAAUGAAAUUUUUCCUUUUGUACAUCAAAAAAUACUUGAAUCUGCAAAGAUGGCUUUAUGCAUACAUGAAACAAGAAAUGACUAUUUCAUACUGUUGUUUAUAAAUUUUUAUUAUGUUAUAUUUUAAUAAGCCACGUGAAUAUAUGACUACAGAGAA